AUGCCCGUUAAUGAUGACGUUAUACUCCCGCUUGCAACCACGACUUCCUCCUCUUCGAACUUCAUCAAGCAGCCCCUACUCUUCCCAUUCCUACCCCUCCCCCCCCUCCAGCCCCUACUCUUCCCAUUCCUACUCUUCCCAUUCCUACCCCUCCAGCCCCUACUCUUCCCAUUCCUACUCUUCCCAUUCCUACCCCUCCAGCCCCUACUCUUCAUUCCUACUCUUCCCAUUCCUACCCCUCCAGCCCCUACUCUUCCCAUUCCUACCCCUCCAGCCCCUACUCUUCUUCCCAUUCCUACCCCUCCAGCCCCUACUCUUCCCAUUCCUACCCCUCCAGCCCCUACUCUUCCCAUUCCUACUAUUCCCAUUCCUACCCCUCCAGCCCCUACUCUUCCCAUUCCUACCCCUCCAGCCCCUACUCUUCCCAUUUCUACCCCUCCAGCCCCUACUCUUCCCAUUCCUACCCCUCCAGCCCCUACUCUUCCCAUUCCUACUAUUCCCAUUCCUACCCCUCCAGCCCCUACUCUUGACAUUCCUACCCCUCCAGCCCCUACUCUUGACAUUCCUACCCCUCCAGCCCCUACUCUUGACAUUCCUACCCCUCCAGCCCCUACUCUUCCUAUUCCUACUAUUCCCAUUCCUACCCCUCCAGGGCCUACUCUUGCCAUCCCUGCUCCUGGAGGAAACAAGAGGAAGAAGAAGAAUGAUUGCUCUCACAGCAGCCAGGAGGUAUACAAGGGAGAUAUUUUGAAGGAACGAGUUAAAGAGGGAAGGAAGGAAUACCUUCUGAAAUGGCACCCUUGCAGUUUAUGUGGAAAAAAAUGGAGAAGCACCUGGGUGGAGGAGGAUUCCUUCCUUAUGUAGUGUGUGUGUGUGUGUGUGUGUGUGUGUUUAAUAAACAGUUGUUACAAUGCCAAAUGUCUUCGUUGGACUUACUCUUUUAUGCACUUUCACAUACAACACAUUCUGUCAACAUCUGUGACGGAGGAGU